AUGACCAAACUACUUGGACUUAGAUAUUUGUGGGUGGACCAACUCUGCAUUAUUCAAGACGAAGAAUCAACAGCGAAGCACGAGGAAAUUUCGAAUAUGGACCACAUCUAUGCCUGUGCCACCGUCACUUUAGUUGCAGCAGCGACGUCUGGACUGUUUGAGGAGAUCUUCAAAGGGAGGGUAAGCAGCAAGGACGACACGCUGGAGGGACCAUUAGCAACCACGCAAGCCAGCGUCAACCUCCGGGAGCUCGAUCAAAAAGCCAUACUAAAUCACUACACUUCAAUAUCUAAGUCUAUGUGGGCCAAGAGAGGCUGGACUUAUCAGGAGGCGAUUCUUAGCAAGCGCGUCAUCUUCUUUUACGAUGAUGCGGUCUUCUGGCAGUGCGGAUGCGCGGUUUGGGACAUGGAUCAUCUGACGCCAGACGAAGACAACCCGAUCGCUGCUACCAACAUGGCCAAGCAAACCCUCACAAGACGCUUUUUGACGCCAUCAAAUCCGGAUUUUGGCCUAUACAUGGACUUAAUUUGUCCAUUCAAUGGACGCAACUUCACCCAUGAAGAAGACGGUCUUAUGGCGUGCACAGGCAUUCUGAACCGUCUAGCUCCGGCUUUCAGGGGCGGAUUCUUGGGCGGCUUGCCAAUUGAGUUUCUGGACUAUGCGCUCUUAUGGCAGCCGCUGAAAUAUUGCCACAGAAGGACCAGCUCCUCUACCAACAAGCCUUGCUUUCCAUCGUGGGCAUGGUGUGGAUGGCAAUGUCUUGUGGACCCGUGGAGCUUCCAAUCUAGCUUCUGUCUCGAUGGGAACGACGCUGUCAGGAAAGCCAAGGCCGGCUCCUGGAAACUGAAAAAUCUCAUCAACUGGCAGACCAAAAUCAUUUCACAGGAACACAGCUCGAUUGAUAGCGCCUUACCGCCUUCAUGCGCACAGGAAGAUUUCUUUUCCGUUAGGAAGUCUUCUAUAUCCUCCCCCAACAUCGAAAUACACGACGAUUUCCACAGCAAUACUAAGGCUAUACACAGUUCAGCUGGAGAUAGGAAGUCUCCUGGGGACCAGUUGAUACUCCUGGAAUGCGAUACAGAAAUAGCCGUCUUUAUUCCCGCAGCAACUUUGGGGAUACAUGAGUCUUUGACGAGGCACAGAGCAGUCAAGCAUGUGUUAUGGGAUCCGACAAUGAACGAAAAGCCCCUACACCACCUGUCAAAGGUUGUGGUUCUCCAAGAUCGAGAUGGAGUUUUUGCGGGCCUCGUUCGUGUCACGGAAAAUCUCGAUUACAAGCGAUUGGAACGGACAACGAGGAGGUUCCCAGAAGGGAUUACCACCAAGUGUGGGAAGGGGUUCGAAAUGGAUCUCAUUGCAAUCUCAGAGGGACGUGCAACCCGUGGAGACAUGAAAAUGUGUUUCGAGGAGAAGGUGCUUCGCAGAAGUCCAUAUUAUGACCAUGCGCCUUUUGAAACAGAGUACGAUGGCGAUGGAUGGUGGACUGGUUCAUCAGCAACUGAUUGGUGGGGCCAGGGCCAUGUCGUUCUGCCUGCCGGAAAUUGGAAUGAGAACCUCACACUUCCAAAGGAAGACGCGUGUGACGAAGAGAUUGUAGAUUUCUACAACGUCCUCUGGGUUCAGAAGGGCGAUGACCAGAUUUCGCGGAGGUUGGGAUGUGGCCGAGUCUUAACGGAUCGCUGGAGAAAGAAUCAACCACGGAUUGUCAGAGUCACUUUGGGGUAG